UCUUUCCUUGAGCAUUCGCUAGGUGAGGCACUCUGGAUCCACUCAUGAACCAGAAGGGCACUUUUCUGGAGAUACACAGCAAGAACUGCUGUGUGUUCCGAGAUGACUUCAUUGCUAAAGUUCUGCCGCCAGUGUUGGGGCUGGAGUUUGUGUUUGGGCUCCUGGGGAAUGGCCUGGCCCUAUGGAUUUUCUGCUUCCACCUCAAAUCUUGGAAAUCCAGCCGGAUUUUCCUGUUCAACUUGGCUGUGGCUGACUUUCUUCUGAUCAUUUGCUUGCCUUUCCUGACGGACAAUUACUUGAAGAAGUGGGACUGGAAGUUUGGGGACAUCCCUUGUCGAAUAAUGCUCUUCAUGUUAGCCAUGAACCGCCAGGGGAGCAUCAUCUUCCUCACGGUGGUGGCCGUGGACAGGUAUUUCCGAGUGGUCCAUCCCCACCACCCUCUGAACAAGAUCUCCAAUCGGACGGCGGCCAUCAUCUCUUGUCUCUUGUGGGGUGUCACCAUUGGCCUGACGGUUCACCUCCUGCACAAGAAGAUGCUGAUCCAGAACGGUAAGGCGAAUUUAUGCAGUAGCUUUAGCAUCUGCAAUACCUUCAGGUGGCAUGAUGCCAUGUUCCUCCUGGAGUUCUUCCUACCCUUGGGCAUCAUCCUGUUCUGCUCGGCCAGAAUCAUCUGGAGCCUGCGGCAGAGACAAAUGGACAAGCACAUCAAGAUCAAGAGAGCCAUCAAUUUCAUCAUGGUGGUGGCCAUCGUCUUUGUCAUCUGCUUCCUGCCCAGCGUGGCUGUGAGGAUACGAAUUUUCUGGCUCUUGUACACUUCGGGGACACAGAACUGUGAGCUCUACCGCUCAGUGGACCUGGCAUUCUUCAUCACGCUCAGCUUUACCUACAUGAACAGUAUGCUGGAUCCUCUGGUGUACUAUUUCUCCAGCCCGUCCUUUCCCAACUUCUUCUCCAUGUUGAUCAACCGCUGCCUACGGAGGGAUAUGUCAGGUGAACCAGAUAAUAACCGGAGCACAAGCGUGGAGCUCACAGGGGACCCUAGUACCACCAGAAGUGUUCCAGAGGCACUGAUGGUCAACCCCAGUGAGCCACGGAGCCCCUCUUAUCUGGCCUCUACCUCUCGUUAACUAACCACGCCAGGAAGGGAGAUUGUUACCAAGAACUGAGAUCUCUGGAGGAACAACGCUGGACUUGCCCUGUGGGUUCCUGGAACUUCCAGAUUCAGAGAAUCAGAUUUAGAGAAGCAUUGUGGCAGAGUGGAUUCCAAGGUGUGACCACAGAAAUCUUGGGGGGAAAUGGAGAGGAAAGGUCUGGGCAUCUGAGACUUCUGCUUUGUCUCCGACACUGAUGCAGCUGAAGAUGGGUAGUGUCCACACUUGUGUGGGAGCUGCACAGGCAUCCAUUAAUACCUGUGACUCGUUGCCCUCCUUCCUUCCCACCUGACAUUCAGAUGGUCCCUAGAACUGGGGUGCUAUCUUGUGUGUGGGACCUCAGUGGGAGUAAGGAGAGCCAGGAGACUGGAGGGAAGUCCUGUGGCUCUCACAGGGAGUCCAGGCAUCAUUAAACAAGCCAUAGGUCACCUGGGUUGCAUGGGACUAGGUGAAGAAUUUCAUAAGCUUUGAUUAAUGUCUGAGUUUCCAGCGGUGGCAUGAAGGGGGCUGCAGGGGGGACUGAGUUGAACAGUGUUAUGAAGAGAAGAGAAAUGGCACCCAUGCCACCAUCAGUGACUAAUGUAUUCCUCCCUUGUGUAUGCUCAUUUGAGGACUGAGCAGCUGGAAGGCUUCAGGGAAGAGAGGUGCUCCCAACCUCUGUUUGCUUUUAUCAUUAAAAAGGAAAUAUAUUCCUGCUCUGUGGUUAAAAGUAGAUGAUCUCUCCUCCUUCAUUUGCUUGUGUUUCUGUACUUAUAAUAAAUCUACCAUUUCAAUAAAUUUUGAUA